AUGGGUAGUCCGGUGUCAGCGGUUAUUGCCAAUCUGUACAUGGAAUCGUUCGAGGAGGAAGCCCUGCAGAGUUGCCCACCCGACUGCCGUCCUACCCUGUGGAAGCGGUACGUCGAUGACACCUUUGUCAUUGCACCACGAGAUCAAGCCAGCCGUCUGCUCAACCACCUGAACAGCCUCAAGCCCAGCAUCCAUUUCACCAUCGAGAUUGAGCAAGACAACAGGAUUGCAUUCCUUGACACCAUGGUGCACAGGGAACCCGACGGCAGCCUGACCAGCACCGUGUAUCGCAAGCCUACCCACACCGACCAGUACCUGGCCUUUGACUCACACCACCCAGUGUCCGUCAAGAGGGGCGUGGCCAAGUGCCUACAUGACCGCGCCUCACGCCUAGUCACCAGACCGCACCACACAGCCGCCGAGAGACGCCGAGUCACCGCUGCCCUCACGGCGAACGGGUAUCCAGCAUCCUUCAUCCGGCAAUCAUCAAGACCCAAGACCAGCGCCAAAGUGGAGCGACCGAAGUACAUGUACAAGGCUUUCACCAUUCUUCCCUUUGUGGACGGUAUUUCCGGACGGCUAAAGAGGAUCCUGGAGGACCACGGCGUCCGUACCGUGUUCCGAUCAUCCACCACCUUGAGGAACCAACUCGUGCGCCCUAAGGAUCCCAUCCCACCCGGAAGACGCGGAGGAGUGGUCUACAGGAUACCAUGCGGUGACUGUGGCAAGGUAUACAUCGGCGAAACUGGCAGACCAAUCGGCGAGAGAAUCAAGGAGCGCCAGCGCGACGUGAGACUCUCCCGUGUGGAGUCGUCAGCGGUAGCCGAGCACACCUGGGGAGCUGGUCACCACCCCAAUUGGGACAGCGUGCAGUGCAUGGACCAAGACCAGCAUUGCCAACACAACCACCGGAGCACCGGAGCGCAAUGGAGCCACACGAGGACAAGCCCCCUCACGCCCAUGGAGUGGAGUGUGCGUCGCCCGCUGAGGUCACCCGUGCUGCGUCCGCAAUACACGGCGGGGGACACGCGGAGGACGUGGUCCAGCGGUAUAUAG